AUGCGAGCGCCGCCGCUGCUGCUGCUGCUGCUGAUGGCGGCCGCGGGCCUGGCCGUGAGUCCGCUCGCGCGCCUCAACCCCUGGCUGAGCGCGUGCGACCUGGAGGAAGAGGGGGCGGGCGGCGGGCACGAGUGCGGGCGCGCGGCGUGCGGCGGCGGCGGCGGCGCGCAGCCCUCGCUGGCGGGGCGCGACGUGCCGCACCUGUGCGCGCUGGCGGCAGGCACGCGCGCGCGCCGCCUGGCCGAGCUGCGGCUGCGCGCCUGCUGCGAGCGCUCACCAGCCUCCGCGCUAGACCGCGGCGCGCGCGCUGACGUGCUGGCCGGCGGAGAGCGCUGCGAACGCACGUUGCGCGACCUCCUCGCGCUCGACGCGAUGGUCGCGCGCGUGCACUGCGACUUCGCCACCAUCCUCGAUCGCUACGACUGCGACCAGCCCUUUUCGGUUCACACUUGUUACGAGUGCCAGGAGACUUACCGGCGCUGGGCGUGCAGCACGAUGGUGCCGCUGUGGGUAGAGGAGGGCGCAGAGGAGGGCGCGGAGGAGGGUGGGCGGUCGCGGCGCGCGCCGGGCGAGCACUCGGCGCGCUGGCACGCGCGGCACCUGGAGCGCGUGGGGCACCUGGACCGGCGGCGCGGCAGCGGUGGAGGCGGCGGUGGCGUGGUGGGCCGCUGGGUGCGUGCCGCCGCUGCUGGUCCAGGCCGGCCCCUGGUGCGUCUCAAGCCCUGCCUGUCCGUGUGCCAGCUGGUGGAGCAACACUGCCCUUACUUCCUGCCGGCGGACCGCGCGCCCGCCUACCCCACACAGUAUGCUGGCGAGCCAACGUUCCUAUGCCUCGACGCACGCAUACCGGAGACCGGUGCGCAGGCAAACAAGUCAAACUACGGGGCGGACGAGUGCUGCUACUGGCACUGCGAGGCACGCCUGUGCUACCGAUGCGAGUCGCGGCUGACGGAGCCCGCGCGCCCACCCGCCGAGCAGUGCGCGCCCGUCGAGGACCGCGCGCCCGCCUGCUCGGUGCCGUACGCGGCGCGUGCGCCCGCAGGCGCCGACCCGCCCAGCGUGCCGCUGGUGGCGGCCGCGCUGCUGGCCUGCCUCGUCCGUCUCGUGCCUCUCACAACCCACCUCUUACCCACACGGACCCGCCGGUCGCCACGCGCACCGGUCACUGUGCGCGACUCGAGGUUAUAG